CUGGGGCGCGGAGCGCAUGCUGUGGCCGAGCACAGAGAAACUGCGCGCUCUCAUACCGACACACCGUAUUCUCCCUUUUUCCUCCUCCUCCUCUCAGACACUUCCCAAACAAAGAGAAACACGCGAGGCGGAGGAACAGAGUGCAUCCGUCGGGAACCACCAAAUCCUCGUUGAUCAGAAAAACACACACCGAUACACUCUGACCCGAACCGGUUGGAACCGAGAGGAGAUUGAUUGAUCAUGUGUAGUAACGGAGCAAGUAACGGGACAAGCGAUAUGCUUCAGAUCCAGUUUGGUUUGAUCAACUGUGGGAAUAAAUACCUAACCGCUGAAACGUUCGGUUUUAAAAUCAACGCGUCGGCCACGAGCUUGAAGAAGAAGCAGAUUUGGACUCUGGAGCAGAGCGGGGAAGAGGCUACCGGUAAUGUGUUCUGUCUCAAGUCGCAUCUGGGUCGGUACAUAGCGGUGGAUAAAGACGGGAACGUUACCGGGGAUAGUGAGAGUUCUGGACCCGAGACCCGGUUCAUCAUCACGGCUCACGACGAUGGAAGAUGGUCUCUGCAGUCAGAGGUCCAUGGCAGAUAUCUGGGAGGCACAGAGGACAGGAUCAGCUGCUUUGCCCAGACUGCAUCAGUGGCUGAAAAAUGGAGUGUUCACAUUGCCAUGCAUCCUCAGGUGAACAUCUUCAGUGUGACCAGGAAGCGUUAUGCCCACCUGUCCUCCAAGGUGGAUGAGGUCUCUAUCGACCGUGACGUCCCGUGGGGGGUGGACUCCCUGAUCACCCUGGUGUUCAGAGACCAACGCUACCACCUGCAGACGUCUGAUAACCGCUUCCUGAAGAACGACGGCAGCCUGGAGGCGGCGCCGGACAAGACCACCGGGUACACGCUGGAGUUCCGCUCCGGCAAGGUGGCGUUCAGGGAUUGUUCCGGGCGCUACCUGGCGCCGUCGGGCCCGAGCGGGACCAUGAAGAGCGGGAAGACGAGCCGCGUGGGGAAGGAUGAGAUGUUCUCUCUGGAGCAGAGUCACCCUCAGGUGGUUCUCACCGCCAGCAACGAGAGGAACGUCUCCACCAGGCAAGGCAUGGACCUGUCAGCCAAUCAGGACGAGGAGGGAGACCAGGAAGUGUUCCAGGUGGAGAUGAGUCGUGAGAACAGGAAGUGUGCGUUCCGGACUGCUGCCGGGAAGUACUGGACCCUCACCUCUUCUGGAGGACUACAGUGUACCGCCUCCACUAAGACUGCCAACUGUUACUUUGACAUGGAGUACUGUGGUAAGAAGCUGACUCUCCGUGCCGCCAACGGGAAAUACGUCGCUGCCAAGAAGAACGGCCAGCUAGCUGCUACCGUCGACGUUGCCGGUGAGUCGGAGGAGUUCCUGAUGAAGCUGAUUAACCGUCCAAUCAUUGUCCUCCGUGGGGAACACGGUUUCAUCGGGUGUCGUAAGGUCACAGGAACCCUGGACUCCAACCGUUCCUCGUACGACUACUUUACCCUGACCUUCAGAGAGGGGACGUACAGUUUACAGGACAGAGGAGGAAAAUUUCUGGAUGGUUGGCAGCGGGCGUCGGUGGUGAGCAGCAGUGACGACCCCGUCGACUUCCUGUUAGAGUUCUGCGACUACAACAAGGUCGCCAUCCGCUCCGUCGCCGACGGGAAGUAUCUCCACGGCGACCACGCCGGCGUCUUGAAGCACGCCCAACGCGACGACCUGGAGACCGCCACGCUCUGGGAGUACUGACCCCGUUACUACGACAACGAAGCGGCAGCAUCCCCUAUAACUCCUCCCUCUCUAUCCAUCCAUCCUUCUCUCAACUCUGUCCUAACCCCUCCCAGACCAGGGCUGUGUUCAGUGGGGUGAAAUGUUUCACGAUAUCGUAGAUGGGAGGGGGGGGAAUGUAAGGCCUAGAGCUGAUCCCAUUAUCUCUUUUCACUUGAUAAUGAAUCCCGUCUAAUCUACAUCAUACGUUUCUAUGUGACAUUCCACCGCUCUGAACAGGACCUUUUUUUGUGUGAACUGGACAAAGGAGGGAGAGAAAGAGCUGGGGGAGGUUAUGUCCUAAUGUAAAGGCUUUCUUCAUCUCUCUCUGCCUUUCCCUCCCCUUUCCUCUCUCUGCCUUUCCCUCCCCUUUCCUCUCUCUGCCUUUCCCUCCCCUUUCCUCUCUCUGCUUUUCCCUCCCCUUUCCUCUCUCUGCCUUUCCCUCCCCCUUUCCUCUCUCUGCCUUUCCCUCCCCUUUCUCUCUCUCUGCCUUUCCCUCCUUU